UUUGCAACAAUUUAAACAAUAACAACAGCUACAUUGUCGCUAAACAUAAAGUGCAAAGUGAUCUGUGAUGUGCAGGCGAGAAUUCUAUCGGCAUUCUGAAGAUGUAAUCAUAUAACCUAUUCAAUUUCAAUUUUUCAAAAUUGAGAUUUCAAAAAUUGCGAGAAUGCCGGAACAGAGUAACGAUUACAGGGUGGUUGUUUUUGGGGCUGGCGGGGUCGGAAAGAGCUCCUUGGUGCUCAGGUUCGUCAAGGGGACUUUCAGAGACAGCUACAUACCAACCAUCGAAGACACUUAUCGACAGGUGAUAAGUUGCAACAAAAACAUCUGCACCCUGCAAAUCACGGACACGACCGGCUCUCAUCAAUUUCCCGCCAUGCAGAGGCUUUCAAUAAGCAAAGGGCAUGCCUUCAUCCUGGUUUAUUCGGUGUGCAGUCGGCAGAGCCUGGAGGAGCUCAGGCCCAUCUGGGAGGUACUCAGGGAGCUAAAGGGUCCCGAUACCAGCCAGAUACCAAUCAUGUUGACGGGAAAUAAGUGCGAUGAAAGCGCGGAACUGAGAGAGGUUACGACGUCCGAGGGCCAGGCUCAGGCCACCGAGUGGGGCGUAAGCUUCAUGGAAACUUCCGCAAAAACCAACCACAACGUGAAGCAACUCUUUCAGGAGCUGUUGAACCUGGAAAAGAGCCGCAACGUGAGUCUUCAGGUGGGCGGGAAGGCCACGAGCCGCGUCGUCAAGGAAAAAUGCGAGCUAAUGUAAGCGAAAGAAGAAGAAGAAGAAAACACUCGACGAUUGGAUUUUGUUGUUUUUCGGUGCUAACUUGUCACGGCUUCUGCAGCCAUCUCGAUGCGUUUAACGUUCAGCGCCAUCUGUCGGCCGUUGCGAACGUUAAACUUCGUCGGGUCACGACCAAGCUUUAAAAGCCGGGCAAGUGGAAAGUUAAUAAAAAUGAGUCAAGCUUUUAAUUUUUCG